AAACAUCGCCGGGACGGAAGCCAGAAUCGCCUUGGGGCCGGUCGCAAAGAUGGCGUCCUCCGCCUCGGCUCGGUCUUCGGGCGGGAAGCGAGUGGUGAGUCAAGAUGAAUUGCGGCGGUUGAUGAAGGAGAAGCAGCGCCUGAGCACCAACCGGAAACGGAUAGACUCUCCACUUGCGAGGUACAACCGUUUGGGGCAGCUGAGUUGUGUGCUGUGUAACACCCCGGUUAAGAGCGAGCUCCUGUGGCCGACGCACGUCCUGGGAAAACAGCACCGAGAGAAAGUAGCCGGACUGAAAGAUGCGAAGGAAGCCACAGAGGGGCCAUCAACCAGCGCUGUGCCUCAGUCCACCAAGAGGAAGGCGCCGGACGCAGGUGGCCACGAUGCCAAAAGAGCGAAGGCCUCCGCGGUGCCGCAGGUGCAGCCCUCCACGUCCGCGGUGCCCACCAACGUUGACAAAACAGGAAAGGAGUCCACUAGAGCCGCUCUCGGUAAGGCUUCGGGACUCGGUUUACUCCCUGAUUAUGAAGAUGAGGAAGAGGAGGAGGAGGAAGGAGGAGAAAAGAAACGGGGGGACGCCAGCAAGCAGCCGCCUGACGCACAGGGCAAGGAACACUCACUUGCUUCCUCCCGGGAGGCAACAAGUAGUAUCCUGCCAAGCGAUUUCUCGACUGCAAAUCCUCCCAAGGCCCCUUUAAUUCCUCAUUCAGGGUCAAUUGAGAAAGCAGAAAUACACGAAAAAGUCGUGGAAAGGAGAGAAAACACCGCGGAAGCAUUACCAGAAGGGUUUUUUGACGACCCUGAGAUAGAUGCGAAGGUACGAAAGGUUGAUGCCCCAAAGGAUCAGAUGGACAAAGAGUGGGACGAAUUUCAAAAAGCCAUGAGACAGGUCAACACUAUUUCCGAAGCCAUAGUUGCUGAAGAGGAUGAGGAGGGACGGUUGGACCGGCAGAUUGGGGAGAUCGAUGAACAGAUAGAGUGUUACCGUCGGGUGGAGAACCUGCGGAAUCGCCAGGAUGAAAUAAAAAAUAAACUGAAGGAGGUUCUAACCAUAAAAGAACUGCAGAAAAAGGAAGAAGAGAAUGUUGACAGCGACGAUGAGGGAGAACUGCAGGAUUUAUUGUCUCAGGAUUGGAGGGUGAAAGGGGCUUUGUUAUAGGGUUUCAAGGACCCAAGAUUUCUAACACUCUGCGAUUGGAUAACAGUGUUUCUCUAUUGGUUACUCCAUAAAGGUUUGAUAACUUGGUUGUUGUGGUAUAGUGAGCACUUUGGAAAAUUCAUGUAAAAUGUUUCUGAGGUAAAGUUGUUUUGAAAUUUUUGAAGUAAAUGCUAAAAUGCCAACUUUUUCACAUGUUUACGGAUUUAAAUGUAUAAUUUUUUGGGUUGGAAAAUUUGUGAGCUGUAAAUAUUGUACAUAGUUAAAUAUAUAUUGACUUAAGUAAUUCUGUUUGUAAAUUUAUAAUGGGAGUAAGACCAACAGGCAGGCAUGUAGAUGAAUACCAAGUGUGGUAUUUGGGAUGUAUAUGGCUUUUUCUUUUCUCACCCCCUAAAUCAAACUCCAGAGUGGGAGGGGCUUUGCUUUUUUGUUUUUAGAAACAUUGUUCAUAGAUACAUAAGUCAUUCAGGGCUAAUCAGUCCUCUGAGUAUUCUGUUUCUGUUUCGAAAACAUGCUGCAGGAGAACAUGGUGAAAAAUAAUAUGCCAAACAGGACCAGCCUCCUUAACCCAAAAUUUCUCUUGAUUAAACCAGUGAUUCUCAGAUGUUGGUGCACGUGAAUCACCUAUGAAGCUUUUUAAAAAUGUGUGUGCCCAAGCCCUACGAUUAGAGAGAUUUCAGUAAAUCUGGAGUGGGGCCCAGGCAUCUGUAUUAAUUUUGAAAGCUUCCCAGUUUAUUUUAAUUACACCAAAGUUGGAGAGCCACUGCCCUAAAUCCAGAACCCAUUUAUAAUUUUUCAGGCUUUGUUUUUUUCUUUACCUAACAUGUUCCAUAAGUUUACUGUCUAGUGUAUAAAAUAAAUAUUACCUUUUUUUAAUAUUCCAUCCAGUCUUAAAUUUUAUUACUACAUUUUGGGGCAAAUUAGGGUUCAGAGUUAUCAGUUCUGUCUAUUGUAGAAAGAAUAUACAGUAAGUCCUCACUUAACGUCUUUGAUAUGUUCUUGGAACUGCAGCAAAAUGAUACAAUGAAAUGAAUUUUACCAUAGGUAAUUGAUAUAAACAAGAAUUAAAUUCCUACAGCAUUUCAUCAGUGUUAUAAUGAAAGGAUGUUGAACAAAGAAAAUGACAUUUUUCAAGGACCUGCUAUAUAAGUUGUUUUCUCAAGGAGUAACAGUUGCCUUUUGCUGGUCAUUGAUAGUUUAGAUCACUCCUUCUCC